CUGCACACCGACGGGAUGGCAACCACCUCCUCCUCCAACCCCCAGACCCCUUCGCGCCCAUCGAUGCAGGCAUCGCAGUCGUCGUCCAGCGUGACGAGCGGGCAGUCGUCCAACUCGAACGGCAAACCGGCCGACUAUGUCUACUUUGAACGGACUACAGCAGGCUUCUCCGAUGAUGCCGUGCCACGCGCGAAGGGCGCCCAGCUGAAGCUCGAGCACUUCUACAAGGUCGCUGUCGAUGCGGCAAUUGAGCGUAACCAGAGACGCGUCGAGCUCGAGCGGAAGCUGGCUGCUGACACCAGUAUGUCCGAUGAGCGCAAGCAGCGACAGCUGCAACAGCUGGGCAAGCGAGAGUCUGCGUUUCUGAGGCUGCGGCGGACGAAGCUCGGCCUCGAAGACUUCAGGACGGUGAAGGUCAUUGGUAAGGGUGCAUUCGGAGAGGUCCGUGUAGUGCAAAAGACAGACACUGGAAAGAUCUACGCCAUGAAGACUCUGCGGAAGGACGAGAUGUUAAAGAAGGAUCAGCUCGCACACGUGCGCGCAGAGCGCGAUGUUCUCGCGGAAUCCAACUCGCCAUGGGUCGUCCAGCUCUACUAUUCCUUCCAGGACUCCGCGUAUCUCUACCUGAUCAUGGAGUUCCUUCCUGGAGGUGAUCUGAUGACUAUGCUGAUCAAGUACGACACCUUCUCGGAGGAUGUGACGCGAUUCUAUAUUGCGGAGUGCGUGCUCGCCAUCGAAGCCGUUCACUCUCUCGGUUUCAUUCACCGUGAUAUCAAGCCGGACAAUAUCCUCAUCGACAAGGACGGUCACAUCAAGCUGUCUGAUUUCGGUCUAUCCACCGGCUUCCACAAGCAGCACGACAGCAGCUAUUACCAGCGACUCCUGGAGUCCGCUAAUGGCGUUGCAUCACCUACCACGCAAGCGCGAAACAGUGUGAUGGUCAACGCCAUUAACCUGACCAUGUCCAGCAAAGACCAGAUUGCCACCUGGAAGGCUAACCGUAGAAAGCUGGCCUAUUCGACUGUCGGUACGCCAGACUACAUCGCGCCCGAGAUCUUCCUCCAGAAGGGGUAUGGUAACGAGUGCGACUACUGGUCACUGGGUGCUAUCAUGUUCGAGUGUCUCGUCGGCUACCCGCCAUUCUGCUCCGAAUCGACACAUGAGACGUACCACAAGAUCAUCCAGUGGCCGAACUACCUCAUGUUCCCCGACGACGUCCACUUGAGUCGUGAAGCUGAGGAUAUCAUCCGAAGGUUGAUCACAUCGCCGGAUCGUCGUCUGAGCGUGGAUCAGAUCAAGCACCAUCCCUUCUUCUACGGUGUCAACUGGACCGGCAUCAGGAACAUCGACGCUCCCUUCAUUCCUCGUCUGCGUUCCAUCACGGAUACUUCAUACUUCCCUACGGACGAGCUCGAGCAGGUGCCAGACGAGCCCGUCGGCGCAGAUAGCGCAGGCGCAAACAAGGACCUGGCAUUCCUUGGCUAUACCUUCAAACGGUUCUCAAUCUCGUCUCAAGCAUUCUGAUUACCCUGGAACUUGCUCUCACCUCAUCUGUUGGUAUCGGCUUAGGAACAGCUUCUGUAACAUACUCAUAGCUUUGCACUUCGUUCAUGUACCUAGCAACAUUCACGACAAUCACGAGACUGCUCUAGCGAUGGACGGGGAUAACGAUUACAUGUGGUGGUUAACAUCGUACAACUCGGUCGGCGCACAUGAUUAUUGGUACAACAAGUGGAUGGUGUUCCUCUAACUGGCUGAUGCUACAAGAUCGAAGGUCCUAUCGAAAGCGACAACUGUCAGACAGCAUGGGUACUCCUCUCACACACGAAGAGAAGGCUUCAUCUGUAGGGAUCGUUAGCUAACUCUGCGAUCGUGUAUGGCCAGCCGAACUUACUAGUUCCAUGAAUAUAGGGAGUA